AUGCCUGCCUCGUCUGGCUGGAUCCGCGCUACGCCGCCGGCGUCGGCGAGCCGGAAGCGCAAGAUGGACGAUACGCCCCAGGUGCAUACGCCGGCGCUGGUGCCGUCGUCGCGGCAUCAUGCACCUCGAUCACCUACGACGUCGCCAUCGUCGUCGUCAUCGCCUGCCACGCCCAUGUUCACCUGGCAGCGGGGCUUGGCAGACCACAUGCCUAAGUACAAAAAGUGGGCGCACAUGGAGACGUCGCCGGACGAUCGUGCGUCGAAAACCACGUCGCACGCGCCGACGAUGCGCUCGCCGACGUGUGCAGCGCGAUGGCACCACGGCCGCGAUCAGUUUGCGUAUAUUGAACAAGUAUGGCAUGGCGCUACAGAUACCCCCACACAGACGCGUGCGCCACCAAAGACACAACAACAGACUACGCUCGAUGCGUUUAUGAAGCGCGAGGCUGUGCGUUCCGACACCGCGCCGCCGGGGGCGGUCACAGCAGCACCAGCCGCGGCUAACGAUGACAGCGACGGCAACGAUACCUCUUCGCGUGCCUCGUCGCCUAGCAUUUCAAGCUGCAGUAGUGUGCCCAGCAUCUCGGACGACGCAGAGGCUGCCCAUACGUGGCUUCGAGCCAUCGGCUCUUCGCCGACGCACUGGGUAUAG